CUCAUACCAGACAGUUGCAGUCCAAUAUCUCACAUGAUAACGCCUCGGUCUCCCGCCAAUUUUGCAUUGUCGAAAAUGCGGAACUUGAAAUUAAUAUUCAGAAAUCUAUGUCGAAGUUAGAGUUGGAAUUCCGUUUUUGUCUCUGGAUUAAUCUCCAAUUAUGGAAGUUGCUAAUUCAACCACUUCUUCUGACUUCUUUGCACAUAACCUGCAAUCAAGCGUAAGAAUCAGAGACCCAUUUACCGGAAGAUCAGUUCAUUCCCAAAUAAUCAAAAAAGGUCUUCAUCUUGGGGUGUACUUGAUGAAUAAUCUUAUGAACUUCUAUGCCAAAACUGGGUCACUCAAGGAUGCCCACCACGUGUUCGAUGAAAUGCCCGUUAAAUCUACAUUUUCAUGGAACACUUUGAUUUCUGCGUAUGCCAAACAGGGCAAUUUUGAUUUAUCGCGUCGCCUUCUGUAUGAAAUGCCUGAUUGCGAUCCUGUUUCUUGGACUGCGAUCAUUGUGGGUUACAAUCAGUUGGGUCAAUUUGAUGGCGCGAUUUGGAUGUUUGCAAAGAUGAUAUCUGAGAGAGUCUCACCUACCCAAUUCACGGUCAGUAAUGUUCUUUCUUCCUGCGCAGCGAAUAAAGCUUUAGACGUUGGUAGGGAGAUUCAUUCAUUUGUUGUCAAACUUGGACUUGGUAGCUAUGCUUCUGUUUCGACUUCCUUGCUGAAUAUGUACGCAAAAUGUGGAGAUCCGAUCAUAGCUAAAGUUGUUUUUGACAGGAUGACGCUGAAGAACAUUUCAUCUUGGAAUGCUUUGAUUUCAUUGUACAUGCAAUCUGGACAGAUUGACCUUGCUGCUGAACUGUUUGAGAAAAUGCCUGAACGCGAUAUAGUUUCCUGGAAUUCGAUGAUUGCAGGGUAUAAUCAGCAAGGGUAUGAUUUUGAAGCACUUGAUAUCUUCUCCAAGAUGUCGAAUGAACCUUCUUUAAAGCCAGAUAAGUUCACCUUGGCAAGCGUUUUAUCAGCUUGUGCCAAUCUUGAGAAGUUGAAUCUUGGGAAACAGAUACAUGGUUGUAUUAUAAGAACAGAAACUGAAACUUUCGGGGCAGUUGGCAAUGCUUUGGUAUCAAUGUAUGCAAAAUCAGGUGGGGUUGAAAUAGCUAAACGGAUUAUUGAGCAUAACAGGACUUCAAAUCUAAACAUUAUAGCUUUUACUGCCCUACUGGAUGGAUACACCAAGCUUGGAGAUGUUAAACCAGCCAGAGAGAUAUUUGACAAAUUGAGAGAUCGUGAUGUAGUUGCAUGGACGGCCAUGAUUGUUGGUUAUGUGCAAAAUGGGUUGUGGAACGACGCACUGGAGCUGUUUCGGUUGAUGGUUAACGAAGGGCCUGAGCCGAAUAGUUAUACCCUGGCAGCUAUGCUGAGUGUCAGUUCAAGUUUGGCUGCUUUGGAGCAUGGAAAACAAAUCCAUGCCAGUGCCAUAAAAGCUGGAGAAUCUUCAACAGCUUCUGUUACCAAUGCCUUGAUAGCCAUGUAUGCUAAAGCAGGAAGCAUUAAUAUAGCCCAAAGAGUGUUUGAUCUUAUAAGCUGGAAGAAGGAUACUGUGUCCUGGACAUCAAUGAUCAUGGCUCUAGCGCAGCAUGGCCUUGGAGAAGAAGCCAUCAGCCUGUUUGAGAGGAUGCUCUCAGUUGGUAUGAAACCUGACCAUAUCACUUAUGUAGGAGUUUUAUCUGCUUGUACACAUGUGGGAUUAGUAGAACAAGGCCGAAAUUACUAUAAUUUGAUGACUGAAGUCCAUAAAAUUGAACCCACUCUGAGCCAUUAUGCAUGCAUGAUCGACCUUUAUGGACGGGCUGGAUUGCUUCAAGAAGCAUACCAGUUCAUUGAAAGCAUGCCUGUAGAACCAGAUAAUAUAGCUUGGGGAUCACUGUUAGCAUCUUGUAGACUUCAUAAAAACACGGACAUGGCAAAAGUUGCAGCAGAAAAACUGCUUCUUAUCGAUCCUGGAAACAGCGGUGCCUACUCGGCCCUUGCUAAUGUGUAUUCGGCUUGUGGGAAAUGGGAAAAUGCUGCCAAGACUAGAAAGCUGAUGAAGGAUAGACGUGUAAAGAAAGAGAAAGGAUUUAGUUGGAUUCAUAUCCAGAAUAUAGUUCACGCAUUCGGAGUCGAAGAUGUAGUUCAUCCACGGAAAGAUGAAAUCUACAAGAUGAUGGAUGAGAUAUGGAAGGAGAUAAAAAAGAUGGGUUUUAUGCCAGACACUGAAUCAGUACUGCAUGACCUUGAAGAAGAAGUGAAGGAGCAGAUUCUUAAACAUCACAGUGAGAAACUUGCUAUAGCAUUUGGGCUUUUAAGUACUCCAGAGAACACUGUUCUGAGGAUUAUAAAAAACCUUAGAGUUUGUAAUGACUGCCAUUCUGCUAUAAAGUUCAUCUCCAAGCUUGUAGGAAGGGAAAUCAUUGUUAGAGAUGCUACUAGAUUUCACCAUUUUAAGGAUGGUUCAUGUUCUUGUCGAGAUUAUUGGUAAGCAUAAGCUUGAAAUUUCGUCUACAAAAGAAUGAUGCUUGAUAGCAUGGGAAAACCAGGUACGUUCUUCCUCUGUUGUCCAUGUCAAAUUUUGAUUUAUUGUAGAGUAUAACUUUAAAGGUGACUACUUAUUUCAAAGGUGAUUGAAAUAUAAAUUCUAGAGC